AUGGCUGCGCGAAGCGUACGAGUACGUCCUUUACCCGAUCGACUAGAGGCUUUGGAUGAUGUGAUAUCAAUAUCAUCCGAUUGCGAUUCUGAUGACUCGCUUCCUUCCAUCUCUGCGAUUGUGGCAUCUAUGUCUAUCCCCCGACCAGUUCGAACGGAGAGCAUCAGCGAGCACUCGCAAGUCAUGCGUAGUGGUAUGGUAAAGGCUAGCUCACGGCAAGAGAGCUCAAAAAAUGAGGUUUUUACCUGUGACAACCAAGAAGUCUCUGAUCCAUCCUCUCUAAACUCGCCCAUAGAGGCGGCUGUUCCAUCAAGCAAUCAUUUCGGGCAUCCAGCCAAGACCAGCAAAAUAAUAGAGUUUGUCGAUGACUCUAACGAGUUGACUCCUUCAACCAGAGAUCAGCAUACUUCUGGCAUGAGCUUUUCGUCGUGUUCUCCUACGCAAGAGACUCCUGUAGAGUUGAUAUCUGGUCGGAGUCUCUUUGUCCAUCAAGCGAACUCUCUCCACCAAACCGCUCCUGCAUCCACGACUUGCCAUCCGAGGUCGCAUAUUCCGAGCAUGAUGUCGUCGAAUCAGAGUAUUCCCGUUCAUGGCGGCGACACCAACUUUAGAGAAAUGAUCCGAUCCACACAUACGAAAGCAUCUCAGGCGGAACACACUACUAGAGCCCUAGCUCAAGGGAACCCGGCUGGUGGUGACGAGCAGGAAUCAGCACAUAAAACGUCUCCUUCCUCUACUUACCCAGGUCUGUCGAGUGGUCAGAGACGUUGGGAGAGCCGCCAGACAACCAUCAACUUGGACAAGACGACGAGUCAACUUGAGGCAACUGGCGACAAUCUCCAGAAUCAAUUGCACAGUCACCGCACACGUGGGAGUGGGUAUAACCUUCGCCCUUCGCCAGUUGAGAGACAAUAUGGCGGAGAAAGAUUAAGUGCUAUGCUGCCUGGGAAGCGCCGCAAACCCGAAGGUUGUGCUUCUCCCGGGCAGCGUAAUGUGCGCCAGAAGACUGGACUGAAACAGCACGCAGAAACAGAGGCCAGCGUUUGCCGAGUGGAUUGCUUGCUUGCCCGGUGGAGAAAACACAUUUUCCUGGUAAAGUGGUACGAGGACGAUUCUAAUGCCAUCAUCACUACCUGGGAACCGAGAACAAACAUUCUAGACAAGACAAUGCUUGCUGAUUUUGAGGCAAAAUGGAGAGGUUUUAACGCGGGGGUGGAUGUUUUGCGAACUCGCCGACGAGGCGGAAAAUGGCAAUACCUUUUGCAUUGGCAUGGUCGUUCCUCAAAGGAGGACACAUGGCUGAAUGAGGACCUUUUGAGCUCACAGCUCAUGGGUAGAAUCAAGGAAACUGGAUUAGACGUUUAUCACAUUUGA